CGCCCCACCCGCGCGGCAGUGGCAGAACAGGCUGGCAAGCAGCGGCGGCCGGCUGUUCGACGAAAUGGCGCAGUGGGACGCGCUCGUGGACGCCGCCCUCGGCGGAUUGGCGUCCAGGAGCCUCCUGCGCGCCACGCGCCCCAUCGCCCUUGCACCGCCUCCCGCACCGCCGGAGACCUUCCCGGGGCCCGGCACAUGGGACCGCGCCGCCGUCGAGAUCCGCCUCGACCGCGAAACCCUCCGCCAGUGGCUCGCCGAAGGUGGUGAGGCCAGCGACAAAGAAGAGGAGCUGGGUGAGAAGCUAAUUCUUUUCUCCGGUAAUGACUACAUGGGACUCAGCUCGCAUCCGGCAAUACGUGAGGCCGCAGCUAAGGCAGCUCAAGAGUACGGCAUGGGCCCGAGAGGCUCCGCGUUGAUAUGUGGAUAUACUACUUAUCAUAAAUUGGUUGAGGAAUCACUGGCGGAAUUGAAGAAAAAAGAGGAUUGCCUUCUCUGCCCCACCGGAUUUUCAGCUAAUAUGGCUGUGAUGACUGCUCUCGGAAGUAUCAGCUCUCUUUUGGCGGUUGGGAGAAAACCCACAAAGGAUGAGAGGAUUGCAAUUUUUUCAGAUGCUCUGAACCAUGCUUCGAUCAUUGAUGGGAUUCGCCUUCUUGAGCGACAGCAAGAAGCUGUAGCGUUUGUUUACAAGCACUGUGACAUGACCCAUCUUGAUUUCCUUCUGUCCAAUUGCUCAACAGAAAAGAAAGUUGUUGUCACAGAUAGCUUGUUCAGCAUGGAUGGUGAUUUUGCUCCAUUACCUGAACUUGUGGAAUUGCGCAGGAAGUAUGGAUUUUUGUUGGUCAUCGAUGAUGCACAUGGAACACUUGUUUGUGGUGAGAAUGGCGGUGGGGCACCCGAGCUGUUUGAAUGUGAGAAUGACAUUGACAUAAGUGUUGGCACCUUAAGCAAGGCUGCUGGCUGCCAGGGUGGGUUUGUAGCAUGCAGCACUCGGUGGAAGAGGUUAAUUCAAUCGCGAGGCCGUUCAUUCAUAUUUUCGACUGCCUUACCAGUGCCAGUAGUUGCUUCUGUUCAUGCGGCCCUCUACGUCUCAAGAAAGGAAGAGUGGCGGAGAUCAUUGAUCUGGAGACAUGUGCAAUACUUUGCUUCUUUGACGAAACUCAAUAUUACUAGUCCGAUAAUUUCCAUAGUUGUGGGAAGUGAAGAAGCAGCACUUGCAGCUGGCAGGCAUAUGCUAAGAUCUGGAUUUCAUGUUACACCGAUUCGUCCACCCACAGUGCCGCCCAACUCAUGCAGGUUGCGAAUAACUCUGAGCGCUUCUCAUUCCUCGGAUGAUAUCAAGAGGCUGGUUGAUUCGCUUGCUCCCUGGCUCCCUAACAAACACGGCGAGCAGAAGUUUUCCAAGGGCCAUGCUGAGCAGAGCUACGCUGUGUCAUCAAAACUUUGAGCAGCGAGAGCUGAAGUUCUUAGGACGCACGAGACUAGAUAUGCUGGAUUACAUGGGGUAGGAGGGGUAAUUUGGCAUAUGUUGGCAUGAUUAAUUGUAUCCAUUAUUAGGUGUACCAUGGCAAAAAGGUUUCCAGGAAUCGGGUUUUUUCUUUUCAAAGGCCCGCCGAAGAGCGGCAGUGCUCCAUUGAAGAACACAAUGGAGUACAAUUGUACAAAGUUGGCAGGCUUCAAACUGAAAAGAGAGACGACUAAACGCUAUAGAAGUUUUUAACUACGAGCUACGGCAAUCAAUGCAAGUUUAUUACAGAA